AUGGCUACUUACCAACGCGUCACGUCGGGCGGUGGGCCUGGCCCCGGCGGCGGUGGUGGUAAUGGUGGUGGUAAUGGCGGCUACGGCGGCCCUCCACCCACCAGCCAGUCACCGCCGCUGGGUCAACAGCAACAGCUGCAGCAAACCGGUAGCAAUUAUGGCGGCCGCUUUCCCAGCCAGUAUUUCCCACCCCAGUCGCCCACCAACGAGGCCGGCGAUCCAGCGGGGAACCCGUUUAUCGAAGGGCCCGGCGGCUCGCGCUCGCGAAGCAGCACCCUCGGCCAGAACUAUCCCGUCACCGUCGUGCCGCCGAUGCCGUCGACCACCUCGCCGCCCAUGCAGGGCAUUCAGCCUCUCUUCGCCCAACACUCGGGCAACGCAGGAGGGAUGCCGCCGGCGUCGUCGUCGUCAACGUCGCGGCCCGUGUCUCGAGGCGGCGCCGGUCCUGGUCCCGGUGCUGGCCCGAUACCCGCCAUGCCCUCAGUAAACGGCGGCGGUGGCGGUGGCGGACCCAGCGGACGGCCCACGAGCGCCAAAUCGCCCUUCUCCCCACCGAUCACGUCGCCGCCACGCGGGCGCCCGCACCAGAUCCUCCUGAUCAACCCGAACUCGACGCGCUCCAUGACGGAGACGAUGCUGCACACGCUACGGCCCAACUUACCCCCGAACGUGGAACUGACCGGCUACACGGCGCCAUACCCGGCGCCGACGGCGAUCGAGUCGACGACGGACGCGAUCAUGUCGACCGAGGCGGUGGUGCGCGACCUGGCCAAGCACGCGGCGCCCAACGGCGAGACGGUGCAGAACUACGACGGCAUGAUCGUGGCGUGCUUCUCGCGGCACCCGCUGAUCGACGCGCUGCGCGAGUCGUACGACGUGCCCGUCAUCGGCAUCAUGGAGGCCAGCGUCUACGUCGCGCGCAUGCUGGGCGGGCGCUUCGGCAUCGUCGCCACCGCCCAGCGCAGCCGCAUCAAGCAGGACGACGACAUCGCCGCCUACGGCAUGACCCACUUCUACGUCGGCUCCGAGGCCACUCACCUCGGCGUCCUCGAGCUUGAGACCCGCCCCCGGGACGAGGUCGUCAAGCGCAUCGCCCACUGCGCCAGGGCCCUCGUCAUGAAAGGCGCCGAUACCAUCUUGCUGGGCUGUGCGGGCAUGACCGACAUGAUGCGCGCGGCCAAGGACGCCGUGCGCGACGAGGACGGCCGCCGGACCGUCAAUGUCAUCGACAGUGUCGAGGCCGGCGUCAUGGUCAUGAAUAGUCUCAUCGGCAUGGGCAUUCCCACGAGUAAAAAGGGCUUGUACAAGGGGGAGAAGGAGGCGAGGAGGACGAGGGGUCAGAAUUGGUUGUGA